AUUUAGAAAGAAACAUCCACAAAACGAUCACGUACGUUGGCAAAGGUAUGAUUUGCUUCACUUUAGUCGAUACUUCUAUGCAUAACAGCACCCGUAGAGAAUAUACUGGCAGAUUGCAAUUAAAAUAAUGCUGUCCGCAUGGCAAAGUUGGUUGGCCAAGCAGCGACAAAGGUGCAACAGUAGGAUGCCAUGGAGCAUUUCCGUUGCACAACCGAAGAAGGCAGCAUCGGCUGAGUUUUCGUUUGUUGAGCAAACAUGCGCUGUACCCGGAAAACGUCACCAGAGCUUGCCUAGACGUCUGCUGGGAAGUUUGAAACCGGAAAGAAACGCAAGCGAAGAUUCCGAGCGAAUGUUUUUGAAACAAUUGCUCAAAGAACAUGGUCUCUACAAUAAGCAUCAAACUAUACACCAACGUCGACGGCUGAGACAAUUGUUGGAACAGGAACAACGUACCAGCAACGAUGGUUCGGACGUGCAAGCUAACACCGACCGUCCGAUCCAGAGUCCUUCUGUGCCAUCCGCUGCUGAGCACGAUCCAGAACCACUUCGACGAGGUUCCUCACUAUCGGCACUAGCGACUGCAACUGAUGGUACCAAUUGCUUCCAAAAAGGAACCCUGUCGCUGCCCACGUUUACCCAGGAAGCGGAGGGCUCGCUGAAGCCCAAAAGUCCUAGAGAUAUCCUUGAGACGCGCGAGACAAGACCGGUUAGCGCGAUUGCCUGAUUGAUACUCCACCUUGGCAGAGUCAAUCCUGAACAAAGCUGAUUCCAUCGGGCAUUAAGAGUUGGUUAAAAUUCCUAGUUUCUUUUGCGAGGCUUUCACCACAGUCUCAAAUUCCAUCGCUCCUUGCUCUAUGGGCAAUAUUCACGAUAAACUAUCAUUAAACGGCUCGGGCCUACGAAGAAAAUGGCGCCUGAUACUAAUUAUCUCCCCUGUCCGAAACAUAAACAAGACUCAUUGGGCAGCUGUCCCAUAUGAACCCGCCUGAUUGCAAACC